AUGGAAGCUAAGAAAGAAAACGUGGUGGAUUUUAUCCGCACUCAUAUCAUUUAUCGGUAUGGUAUUCCCCAUGAGAUCGUGAUGGAUAACAGGAGACAAUUCUCCAACAGUUUGAUGGAUAGGUUGUGUGAAAAAUUCAAAUUCAAGCAGUACAAGUCAUCCAUGUAUAACACCGCCGCAAAUGAGUUAGCUGAGGCAUUUAACAAGACAUUGUGCAACCUUCUGAAGAAAAUUGUUUCCAAGUCGAAGAGAGAUUGGCAGGAAAAGAUCGGUGAAGCGUUGGUAGAAGCUGUCCUUCCUUUGGAAAGAGAAAUUCCAUCACUAAGAAUGGCGGUACAAGAAGGGCUGACUAUAGAGGACAACGCCAAACUGUGGCUCAAAGAGUUGGAAGCACUGAACGACGAAUGA